AUGGAGAGUAUCAUCGAUAAUUCGGCCCAUCCUUGCAACGAUUUUUGGCAAUUUUCGGGAGGCAAGAACAAGAGUAAAUUUUUGGAAGAGCAAGAAGCCUUCAGGAUCAUUGAUCUAAUGACGGACGAUUUGGAUAAUCAUGUACGGUGGAUUGAGAAUCUUCGUUUUUCAUUUUACAGUGACCUGAUACAGUGGCAAAACACCUGCCAUUUUGCAUCCGGGAAGUAUCAAAAAAUGUUGUAAAAUGUCUCCCUCUCCAAGUACAGGGAGCGGCAAUUUUCCGGUCGGAUUUGAGCUAUAACAUUUUUAGCUUUUAUUCAAAUGUUAAAAUGUGGCAAAAUGCCUCCCUCCCAACUAAAGAAUUCCGUUUUGAAGGGCGCGCCCUUCCCUUACAAAAAGAGGGGUUUUGAACGUUGAUUCUUUUCACUUGGAGAGGGAGGUAUUUUUCUUCAUUUUUUGAUACUUCCCGGAUGCAAAAUGGUACGUUUUUUCCACUGGAUCAGAUCCGCCACUGUAUCAGUCAAGAGACUUUCUUUAUAUGCCCAUUAACGGACCGAUCUCGGUCUUCUGGCCUCACUAAAGCCUGGCAAUCUUUGGAAGUUUUUCUGACUUGUCCAUUUCAGCUCGAGGCAGUGCGAGGUGUCCGUGAUGUCUAUCAGAAGUGUGUCAAUGGCCAGCUCAAGUUCCCCGAGUAUACGUUGGCGGAGAAAGCCAAAUUUGCAGCCGCAUCACUAGAAGACUUAAAUUUUCCGAUUCAAAAAGACGACGAUGUUGUCAAAGACGAAGCCAAAUUUCACACCGCUGUAGCGCGACUUUACAACGUUCUGCUUAAAAUCGGUUCCUAUGUCAUUGAGGAGACGGAGAUGAAUUCGCACGGGGGUAUUUGGAAGUUUGCAAUGCCCUAUCCAACGUUCUUUCAUCGGAAGGAGAUUUGGUAUGCUUCCAGCUUAUCCUUAUUGUUCUGUAAUAUGUAAUUGUAAAAAACUCUUUUGUAGGGAGGCUUAUUGUGCAAUUACAAAAUGCAGGACAUCCGAACUACCCCCUGAAAACACGUUCAAAUUUAAGCACGGUUAUGCGAGAGACCCUCAAGAGUUUGCCGACAAAGUCUUCUUCCAGGGGGUUAAUAUUACAGGCAUGCAGAUCUUGACCCCAUUCUACGAGGGUGACGAAGCUUCCAAGGUACGGAUAGUAUCUUCUCGAUUUAGAGAUAAAGCCAGCUUCAAUACAGCAACACUUUUCAAUAACGAUCAAUAACAACCAUAUAGUUAUCGACCGAGAUUUUUCAGCCAGCAGCGUAUGCCGCAUUCCUCAACGAACUUCUGGAGACCGUCAUGUUCGAGGAAGGCUACAAACUGCCCACUUGUGAAAAGUUUAUCGCCGAGAGCUUCCCAUUAGUCCUGAACAAAUUAAUUGUGGACACAAUAAAACAAAAUAUGACCGUCUACAACCAGUGGAAAGAGCAGUUCUUUACAUAUACCGCGCUCAUUCUAAACGAAGCCAAAUCGUUUGUUGCAACGAGCAAUGUCAUCGAAAAUACCGAGGAAAUAAUGGGUGGGAUGCUGGGGAUUUUGGAGCGAAACCGAUUCGCAUUCUUUGAUCAGCAGCGAGCUCUUAGCGAUGAGGCAUUUCGAGGAAUGGCAUUGGACAUGGAUCAUCCCAGAUCUUCUCGAUUCAGCAACAAUUUGGUACCAUUGGUGGCUGAGGAUUCAAUUUUCGACCACAAAGGGCAAAGAUACAUUCCGAAAACGGGGGUAAAUUGGGUGUGGAGUGUUAGAAAUUAUAUUUUUUGCCCUUUCAGACCCGCGCCUUCCACACUUACCCCUCUCAGAUCAAUUUCUACGACCUCGGCUACUUUCUAUUUCCUCUGUUUGAUCCGUCUUUCCCCGCAGUGCUCGCCUUGUCUUCAAUGGGCGCCAUGAUUGGUCACGAAAUCGCUCAUACUUUCAGUAAGUGUAUCGAGAAAAUUUUGAGCGAAAAAUUUUAGUUCGUAUGACAAAGUUCAGCAAAGCUUUUCAAGACAACAGGGAAUGUUUGCUCAAGUUGUAUGCGAAUAAAUGUAAGCCAGGCGAUCCAAGUGUCUGUGUGGAUCCGGUGCAUACUUACAACGAGAAUGUCGCUGAUCAACUGGGUGAGUGAUAGUCAACAAAGAAUUUUUAAUAUACAGUCAAUUUACGGCUAUAACUCUAUUUUUUCGCCGUUAUAAUCAUUUCCAUGGAGUAUCUUAUAUAAUAUUUUACACCUUGUUUAGGCACCAUCUGGGCGUUCUCCGCGUUCAAGCGUCUAGAAUCCCGUCAGGACUCUGGGAAAUUCCCGAAAACUCCGGCCUUGGGAAAGUUGACAAAUGAUCAGAUAUUCUUCCUCAACUUUGCCCAAACAUUCCACUUUUUCGACGACUGGGAAAACUACGAUUCAAAUUUUGAUCACGCCCCAGGAUCAGUCAGAGUUUGGGGCGCGUUGGCCAACAUGCCAGCCUUUGCUAAUGCUUUUGAAUGCCCGGGAAAAUCGGUGUAUAAUCCCGAGUUUCGUUGCCCAAUGUUUGUUUCUGAUACCGUAAUUGAUAGAGAUCUGGUUCAAUCGGCGAAUUGA